AUGCUUCAUAAAGGCCAUGGAAGGAGCAGCCAGUCGCAAAGGCACUUUCUAUGCUGGGAGAAGGCCCUCCGCGUGGAGAAGGCCGCCCUCUCCUCUUUGUUCAAGUUGCGUGUCCACCUGAUGCCACAACUUACUCCUCUGAGCCUUUGCCGGCAUGCCUUGGUGACCACCGUCAUCCAUGCAUUGCCAGGAGGCAUCCAAGCAUCCUUUUAUGGAGAGAGCUACGUGGGGCUCAGCAUCACAGAAGUUUCCUCUGGACUGUCGCUUCAGUUGAGAUUUCAAACAAGCAAGUCACAAGGCUUACUGUUUCUUGCAGCUGGAAAAAUUGACUAUUGCCUAAUAGAACUCCUGUCAGGGAUGAUACAGGUGAAAUUAAAUGUGGGUACGGGUGAGCAGCUCCUCCUUUCUGAGCAAAGACUUCGUGUGGACAAUUUGCUUUGGCACUCUGUGGAACUGAACUAUGGCAAGGAUAAGGUUUUCUUGGUUGUUGACAAGCAUUAUGGGACAGCUAGCCAACUGGAUGGGGGUAUUCGUAACUUCACUUUUCACCAUGGGAUCUAUGUGGGAGGUCGUGGGGAACUCAGUGUCCCUUACCUGGACGGAAAGACCCCCAACUUCCGAGGAUGCAUAGAGGGUGUGCUGUUUAACCAGAGGGAGGUCCUGACAUCCCUCAGGUCUUACCCCGGUUUCAAGAAGGUUUAUGAGGUGUCACUGGGAUGUAACGAUGAGUUUUUUGCUGGGAAGAAUGAAGCUAUUAGCUUUUUCAGCUCUAGAUCCUAUGUUGCCUUUCCAGAAUGGAGAGUUCAGGGUGAAGGGACACUGAGGUUUGCUGUGCAGACUGGAACCCAACAAGCCUUGCUUUCAUUUCAGUCAGGUAGAGGAAGAGAUUUUGUUGCCUUGGAAAUACAUGAGGGUCUACUGAAGGCUCAUGUAGGAAGGGGAGAAACGAAAACUCAGCUUUCAUCGUUCCGCUUGGUUAGCGACAACAAAUGGCACGUUGUUCAACUCAGAGUCACGAGGAGGCAUCUGGACCUCGUGGUGGAUGAGCAAGGGGUGAGAGCCACGCUGCCUCUGCAAAGCCACGUGUUUGUAUCCGAAGGCCCCCUGUUCGUGGGAGGCCUGAACCGCCGGAUGUGGGGAACAGUGCGGGGGUUAGAGCUUGUGUCUGUGCCUGGGAAAUCUGUUCGGGGCAUGUCUCUGAAAGGGUGCCUGAGAGCCUUGGAAGCAAACGUGGAAAAGAGAGCGUUAAGGGACGCACUUGUCUCCAAAGACAUAGCUGCUGGGUGCACAACUGAGAGCCACCACGCAGGUCCUUCUGCGGCGGUGGGAGACCUGCCCCAGCCAGAGCCGUCCCUUCCCGCCGCAGUCCCCAGUGCCAGUUCCCUUCUGCAAAAUCAAAGCGGCAGGGUUUUGGUUCUGAAUAAGCUGCAAGUCCAAGAAGGUGGACGGGCCUCCCUGGGACAAAGGCACUUAAGAGUGCUUGUGGACUCCACGGGACUGGGUACUGACUACUCCCAGAUACUGUUUAAAAUACAGCAAAUGCCUACUCAUGGUUCCCUUCAAAUAGAAGUUCAGCCUGCACAAGAAAUGGAGAGCACCUUUACUGUGUUAGAUCUGAGGCUUGGGAAAGUGUGGUAUAUCCACGAUGGCUCGGAAGAGCCUACGGAUUCUUUCACAUUUGCGGUUUUUUCUAGCAGCAGGAGGGCAAUACCACCCCAGUUGCAGGAUCCCACUCUGCAUGUUUUUAACAUUAUUGUCAUUCCAGUGAAUGACCCCCCAUACCUGAAGCUCCCAGAAGGACACUUGCUUCUCUUCGAGAACUGUAAGAAACAGCUGACCCCCAGUGUGGUACAGGUGUCAGACCCCGACACCGAUUCUCAGCAUCUCGGACUUUUGGUUCUUAGCAAUUUCAACGCAGACGCUGGGUUUUUAGAGAAUGCCAGAGACCCUGGGCAAGCCAUCAAUGCUUUUACACAGGUGGAUUUACAGCAUGGCAACAUUUUCUAUGUGCACAGGGGUAAUCGAAACGCUCGGAUUGUUCUGAGAGCAACUGACGGUGAGCUGGUUAGCAACCCUGUGGUGUUACGGGUCAUGGCUGUUCCUUGGGACUUUGAGGUGGCAGGUAGCACUGGCGUGGCGGUACAACAGGGUGGUACAGUUCUGAUCACGCGGACUGACUUGUCAGUGAAGGUGAACGGUGAACAACAUGAGAUGGACACUCGCUAUGACAUCACUCGGCCACCUCAGCUUGGCCAAAUCCAGCAUCGGGCAUCCACUGGGGAGUGGAAACAAGCUAGUACCUUUUCUCAACGUUCCAUCGACCGGGGCCGGAUCCGAUACUAUAGUUCCUUCAAAGAACCACAGCAAGAAAAUGUUACGGAUCACUUUAAAUUUAAAGUUAUGGUAGAAGGAAGAGAAAGCAAAGAGCUCCUGUUCCCUGUCACCAUUCGGCCGCUGAAAUUGACACUUCUGAAAAAUAUCCCUAUAGAGAUCAGCAAUGUGAACAAGAAAGUGCUGGAUUCUGGCCAUCUGCAGGCUGCAACAGAGAAUGUGGAAGUAGCCGAGUGGGAACUGUGUUUCAAGUUACUGAGCCCACCUAAGAAAGGAAACUUGGUGCUCGGCAAUGAAGUUCUCCAAACAAGUUCAAUUUUCAGUCAAAAAAACAUUACAGACUCUAUGGUAAGCUAUGAGCCUCGGGGGGCACCCCGGGAAGACUCGCAGGAUACUUUUAGUUUUUCAAUUAUUGUAAAACACAUAGAAUCAAAAGAUUACACUUUCAGGGUAAUCCUUAAAGCAGAUAAGACACAUAUUAUUUUAACCAACACUGGGUUGUUUGUAAAAGAAGGAGGGUGGACGUUAAUUACGAAAUCAGAAUUAUUUGUUCAAACAUUGGACAAUCAUGUCUUCCAAUAUGAAGUCACCAAGAGUCCUCAGCACGGGGAACUGAAGUUAGUCAGCUCUUCUGCCUCUCUGGGAGGCGACGGUAGCAUCAGUGCAUUCACAGAUGAAGACAUAGUGAGUGGAAGGCUGAUGUAUGCCCACGAUGACUCCGAGACCCAGUGUGACGAAUUCGUUGUUUUGGCCUCUGCCACAGAUCAGGGUCAACAAGGAGGGGCCAGAAGUCUUGACUCUGGGCACAUGUCUACAGAAAUCAAGGUCAGCAUCUCUGUCGAGUUGAAGAAUGAUGAGAAGCCCGUGCAAGUGGUAGAUAGGGUCUUUCAUGUUGUGCGGGGCAGCCAGCGCUUGCUGACUCUCACAGACCUCUGUUACCACGACCCCGACUUAGAUUUUGACGAUGGGCAGUUGCUCUACACUCGGCGUGGCAUACCAAACGGAGAUUUGGUGAAAGCCGGUGACCCGUCUCAGAAGCUCUACCAGUUCAGGCAAGAGGACUUACAGGAAGGGCAUGUGCUCUUCAGACAUCAUGGUCCAGACUCUGCCCGAUUCCUGCUGUUUGUGACAGAUGGUGUGCAUCACACAUCAUCCCUUUUCGAGGUCAGUGUGUCAGAGGCCUAUGUCCACAUAGUCAACAACACAGGGCUGCUUGUGCCCAGAGGGAGGGACAGCUGCUUCACAACAGCCAACCUGAGCGUCACCACAAACCAAGAUGUCAGAACAGACCAUGAGUUUGAAUUCCACAUCUUGCAACCCCCCACACAUGGCAGAAUCCUGGUCAACAAUUCUGCGUUUCACUCAUUUUCCCAGCAUGACCUGAAGCGGGGAUUUGUGGUUUAUAGGCACAAUGGCGAUGGGAACUUUGAUAUGUUUAACCUGACAGUGAAAGUUAAAGAUACCUACUUAGAUGUGAGCGUUUGUGUCCAAGUGUCCUUGGAGAGUCAUCAACAGCGCACUCCGAUUCUGCAGAGCAGGAGCAUUGCAGUUGAAGAAGGGAAACCAGUAAAACUGAGAAGUGGAAACCUCCAGGCUGGGAAUGAAGACGAUCUCUCGUCAGAGACAGCGUUCACAGUCAGGACUGCACCGAUGCACGGAUAUCUCCAAAAGUCCACGGCGGAAGACGGCGGCGUGGGUACAGACGGGAAGUCCCCUCUGAGCUUCACACAGCAGGAUAUUGAUGAUGGCAAUGUCGUUUAUGUACCGACGGCUCCCGGCCAGCAAAAGGAUCAGUUCACCUUAGAUGUGGUCAAGGACUCCCACUUUGUAAGGAGAGUAGAAAUACAUUUGGAUAUCAUCCCUAAGUGGAUACCGCUGGAGGUUCAGAAUUUCACAGUUCAGGAAGGGGGCUCCAAAGCACUUAUGCCGGACCACCUCAGAAUUCCAAGCAAGUAUUUUGAGAGUCUUGACUGUGAAUUUGUUCUCCUUGAGCCACCAAAGCACGGUUCUGUUGAAAGUUCCAGUUUUCCAGGAGUGAAGUUAAGAAAAUUUUCCAGGAAACAGGUGGAGCAGGGGUUGAUUCACUACGUUCAUAACGGCAGGGAGGAGUUAAUGGACAGUCUCUCCAUCUUGGCAAACAGCUCAGAGCUUGGGAAGCAGAGUCUGCCUCAGACUCUUUUUGUGACUGUUGAGUCUGUAAAUGACAAGGCUCCGGUAAUAACAGCCAAUAGAAUCCUCCAGGUGUGGGCAAAUUCGGUCACUGAGAUGACCAGAGAUGGCCUGUGUGCAGAAGACGAGGACUCUUCCCCACGGGACCUGGUCUACCGGGCCACUCCUCCUAGCAACGGGCACCUGGCUCUCAAGUCCAUCCCUGGCAGAAGCAUCCAGAACUUCACUCAGGCGCAAAUUGAUGAGGGCCAGCUCGUGUUCGUGCACUCUGGAGCAGUGUCGGGAGGCUUUAAUUUUCAGGUUACCGACGGUUUGAAUUUUGCGCCUUGGCAAACCUUUAGCAUCACCGCCCGAGCUCUGAUCAUUAGCUUAGAAGUCAACAGAGGAUUGAGCAUCUUCCCAGGUUCCACGAAGUCACUGUCAUCUCAUGCCCUGAGAGCUGUGACCAACGAUGACAGGGCAGGAAACAGAACAAUAACCUUUACAGUAGUCAGUGCCCCUCGACUUGGGAGGCUGCUGAAGAUGAACUCGGACAACAGUACAGAGGUGGUUUCUGUUUUUACUCAGCAUAUGGUCAGUGAAGGGCGGAUACUAUACCAGCAUGUGGACCUAGAGGGCACUGGGUGGGCUUCAGAAGACUCCUUCACGUUCACGGCAUCCUCCCCUCCUGCUGCACUGGGACCAGAGGAUUUCCAGAUUACCAUUUCAUAUGAAACCAACGAGUCAGGCCGACAAAGCCAGCUGCUUGCAAAUACAGGAGCCUCUGUCAAGGAGGGAGAUAAAGUUCUCAUUGACCGAGCUAAGCUAGAUGCUUCCAACCUCUUACUUCAGCUGCCCCAACCACAGCGUUCUUCCCAUGAAAUCUGGUUCCAGGUUACAGCUCUUCCCAAACACGGAACCAUUAUGGUUGGAGAAAGAAACAUCACCAUAGGAAAACCCUACUUCUCCCAGCAUAUAGUUAAUGCACUUGAAGUCACGUAUCUUCAUGAUGACUCUGAAUCAUUGGCUGAUAAUUUCACUUUCGCUGUUUGGCCAAACCUAAAGAGCAACUCUGCCAGCAAGCCAGAGGCUGACUUUCUGGAAGAGAUAUUCAACAUUACCAUCACCCCCGUGAAUGAUCAGCCUCCAGAAUUAAAGACCAAGGGGCUUUGUUUGACGGUUCUCCAGGGCAGCAGGUUGCCUGUGGGCCCUGAAAUCCUAAGAGUAGAUGAUCUGGACACUCCUCCGAAUGAAAUACAGUACAUGAUCAUCCGUCAUCCCAACAAUGGCUUUUUAGCAAUGGCUCACGACCUAGACACUGCUGCUCACCGUUUUACACAAGCUGACAUCAAUGACGCUCAGGUGUGGUUCAUACAAGAUGGAAGCCCGUCCUCUGGAGUGUUCUAUUUUAGUGUGACUGAUGGUGGACAUCGCCCUCUCUGCAAGCUCUUCCACCUGGACGUCAUCCCCAUCUCCAUCACCCUGGUGAACCUCACAGACCUCCUUCUCCCACAAGGCCAGACCACUGUCCCCAUCACCAACGCUCACCUGUCUGCAGCAACCAAUGGGAAGAGCCUCCAGAUCAUCUACAAGGUAACACAGCCCCUCCGAAGUGGCUGCCUGCUGAUUGAAAACCAGGUGGUCACCAGCUUUGCACAGGAGGAUUUGGAUGCGGGAAGACUCUCUUACCACAUGACCAACCUCACAGCCUGGGACGAUCAGGUGCAGUUCUCACUGUUUACAGCAGAGAGCAACUUGACAGAACAGACCCUGGGCAUCAGAGUGCAGCCUUUACUGCGGGUUACACAGAACCUGAAAGUGGCCAACAGAGUGCCUCAUCGGCUGCAGAGGGAGGACCUAGAUGCGACUGAGCUAGCUGACAGGACGCACAGUGACCCCACAUUUGAAGUGAUACAACCCCCCACCCAUGGGCGACUUGUACGAAGAGCCGCUGACAGCCCUGUGAUGGGAGAAGCCACUCGGUUCACCCAGAGAGACGUCGACCGAGGUCAGCUGGUGCUUGAGCCUCGUGCUAACCUAACGGGCGCCGGGACACUGAAUGACUCCUUCACCUUCAUGCUCCGUGCGGACCAUGUGCAGCCCGCAACGGGGUAUCUGGCCUUUACCAUAGUGCCCCCAGACCCCUUACCUUUACAGACAUUUAUGCCUGAAGUGCCUUUACUCAUCACUGGAGAGCACCUCAUGGCCUCGGCUUCCUCUCAGAAAAAACCUAGGGCUUCCAUUAUAACACGGACAGAAACUCCAGGGACUCUGACGCAGAGCAAAUGGCAGGGGACAGAUUCCUGGGGACAGCUCAAGGGUGGCAAAGUCUCCCCCACCAGGGUCAUUUGGCCAUAUGCUGCCACCAAAGCCAUUUCUGGGGGAGCCUUGGGGCCCAGAGACAGCAGUUACCCUCUGACGGUGGUUACCCCCUUGGCUGCUGUGUUCCUCCUCCUGAUGGUGACUGCUGUGGCCCUGUGUGUCUGGCUGCUGAGACAAAAGAAGGAAAAGGCCAACUCUGUUCUCCAGCCCAAGACCAAGUUCAAAUCCCCACCUCCCAGCUGCAGGACAGAAAGGACUGGAGCCAUUCCCACAGUCAAGGUGACUCCCCUGAUGAGAAACUCCAGCAGCCCCGACACCAGUCUGUUCCUGCCCCCACAGUAUGAUCAGGAGGCCUCUCCCGGGGCUGAGCCUGUAGAGAAGUGUGCUCCCUGGGAGGCGUGGGUGAACCUGCAUCCAGACAUGGCCAAGCUCUGCCGACAAACCAACCCAGCACUGAAACACAACCAGUACUGGGUAUAA